UAUUGCAUCAACACAACCUGUGCUCCCCAGCCAAAGAUAACAUAACACUCAACCUGCAGGGGGCCUUUGGAUCCAUAUUUGUUUUUUCUGGCAGGACAUCAAGUGCUCAAACAUUACACCCAAAGGUGAUAUUCCGUUUGAACCAAUUAAACAUGUUUUAAUUAAAUCCACCAUCUCUUUAGAUGAGAGUAUCGUGGAGGAUGAAAACUGCCCUGGAAAUCUUUCUCCGAUUAACGAAGAGAAAGGUGUGCAAGGAGGAGAUCCGUGCCUUGUCACUCCAUUUGGAAUUAAAAGAAAUUCCAAGAAAAUGGGGAGACUGGAGGAAAGACCUAUCAGACCAGGAAUUGAUGAAAAGCAAAAGACUUUUGAAGAUUUCGUUGAAAAAAUACUUAAGGUGGAUUCAGAACUAAUCCAACAAGAUCUCCAGGAGAUAAAUGAGGUGAAGGUGGCUCCAAAGAAGUCUUUCCUAAAGCGUGGGGAAGGGAUUGCACGAUUUGAGAAGAAUAAGGAAAAUAUUCUGAAGGAACCAAACAAGAACCCAGCUCAUGAAUCCAUGGAGCAAUUUCCCCAAAAAGUCAGUUUCAGCAACCAACGUCGGCUUUCCUUACCCACGUUCAACGAGAACGAGAAGCUGCAGAUUAAAAAACAGUUCUCUUUGAAAAAACAAGGUAGUAGUUCAGACCUUGCAGCAUCUAAAGUAAAGAAGUUUAUUCCUACCAGCAGCUCCCUCACAAACGGCAAGAAAAAGGACCAUGCGCAGAAGGAAAAGCUGGACGAAAUCAAGAAUAGUACAGACGAGGGCAUCCAAAGUGACAUAAAUGUGGCAGAAUUGGCCACCAAGGGUGAAUCUCCUCACAAAUACUCGAAUGAUAGGAAUGGUGGAAAUCAACAAACAGAUCGGGAGGGCAAAACAGAAGUAUUACCUCCUGUGGAGGAAUUUCAAGGAAGAGAUUCAAAUAAAGAUUUCAGUUUGCACAUUCUCGAAAGACAGCAAUCGACCAGAGUUUGUUCUCAACCCCAGAAUCAAACAGGUAGCAGUUUUUCUCAUGAAAAUAUGGAGAGGCAGAACCAAGGCCAAGAAGUAGGACAAGAGGUGGAUAAAAAGCACAAAGCAUCUUCAAAUGAUCAGCCAUCCUUCAAUAACACACCUCAGCUGGAAAACCUUAGUGCUUACAAAUCACAAGCUUUACACCAGAGUACUGAGAUAUGCCAAAAGUGGUCGGAGAAGAAGCAGAAUAAAAACCUAGCUAACAUCAAAGAGCCCAGAAAGAUACUUGAUUGGAAAAACCCAAACAUUGGCUUUAAAAAAGUAAAUGACAGAAUAGUUCAAGUGAUUUCUGACAAUCCACUGUGCCACGGUGGGAAUUUUAGGCAUCAGGAAAACAAAGAUCAUAACGUUCAUGGGUUUGCGAACACAGGAUUAGCGCCGUUUGCAGGUAAUAAACACAGCAUGGACAGUCUUUUAAAAAGCAACAGUCAACACUGUAGGGACGCUAAUGUUAGCGUAUACGAUUUAGCUCCUGAAAGCAAUGGCCUCAAGUCUCAGCCUCAGCAACCAACCACUGGUGAAACACCACACAAUUCUGUUUGUGUUGGCAAAAGUUUGGACUUAUCUGAUGAAGCUGACUAUGCAAGUGAUGCCCCAAGUGGAGUAGAUGAAAUGGGCGUGACAUUUCAAAUGUCACAACAUUUCACACGUUGUAAGCCUGCACCCGGAAUGUCUCUCGUGAAAUGCAAUGUGGUGAGCAGCACUAGUAGCAGUGAAAGUGAAUGUUCAGAACUCAGAUCUCCUUUACCAAGAAGAUAUCCUUCCCAAUACAAUAGGUCGACGAGGAAUAAAAACAAAUCCAUGAGAAGGAAGUCAAACUUUGUAAAGAGAAAUAGUAGUAGUUUUGUGAAAAAUCACAUUUGUGGGACGAUGGAUUCUGAACUGGUGCAAGAUUCUGCUCCUCUCACUGCACAGGAAUUAUCUCCAACACUUAAUUGUAAACCAAACAUAUCAAGAACCUCAGAUCUCUCCCAGCAGGUGAAAACAAACAGUGCAAAUGUUCAAGAAGAUGCGCAGUCAAGACAACUCCAAGACAAACUUCUACAACUCGAAACGGAUAUUGUUCAAUUUAAAGCAGAAAAUACAGCCUUAGCCAAACUAAAGGAGAAACAAGCGAUAGCCAUGGAAAAUCUCAGAAAACGAAUGGAUCAGUUUGAACAUGAGAAGACUGAAAAGAUCGUUCGACUAGAAGUGUACAAGAAGGAGGAACUGAAGAAGUUAAACGAAGAGAGAAUGGUGUCUGAAAAAAACUCACAAACCAAUGGUGCUUCUGAUAAGAGAGACCAUGAAGAAAUGGAGUUCUUGAAAAAGCAACUUGGCCAGCUCCAGGAAGACUUAAAAAAAAACUAAUCGAAAUGGUCUCUUGCACACAACUGCCUUCACAACAAGAUUGAUUCAUUGACCAAAGAAAACUUUGAACUG